UUACGAAGAUCGGAUUUUGCCAUCUUACUCUCUUUUUUUGUUGUUAUUUUUUCCUUUUAUUUUUCUUAUAUUGACUAUCAUUUUAUAUAAAACUAUCCUCAGUUAUAUGUUCUUCAACGAGUAAAUCGCCCUUGAUCUCUCAAAUUCUAAGAUGAAAAUGAUUCAGACAAGUUUGUGUAUACUAGUGGUAUUAACAGUAUCCGGUUUUCCGAUGAUGGAAUCCAGCGUAGAAAGCAAGAAAGGUAUAGAAUACAUGGCAAUGCAAUGCCGGAAACACAAAGCAGUUUUGACAGAUUUUGGAGCUGUUGGUGAUGGGAAAACCUCCAACACAAAAGCGUUUAGAGAUGCCAUCUCCAAGCUUACGCCGCAGGCAGCUGACGGUGGUGUACAACUCAUUGUUCCGCCGGGGAACUGGCUCACCGGAAGUUUCAACCUCACAAGCCAUUUUACUUUGUUUAUCCAACAAGGUGCAACUAUUCUUGCUUCUCAGGUUGAAUCUGAAUAUCCUAUGAUUCCACGUUUGCCGUCAUAUGGAGAUGCAAGGUUUGCUAGUUUAAUCUACGGAACUAACCUAACAGAUGUUGUUAUCACCGGUAACAAAGGAACGAUCAAUGGACAAGGGAAGUCAUGGUGGUUAAAGUAUCGAAGUGGUGGUUUCAAUUUGAUAUCAAGACCUUUGUUGAUCGAAAUCCUCUACUCUGAAAACAUACAAAUCUCAGAUAUCAAUUUAGUCGAUUCUCCCAUGUGGAACAUUCAUCCUGUGUAUUGCAAGAACGUCAUCAUCAAAAAUAUUAAGAUUGAUGCUCCUAUCGAUUCUCCUAACACCGAUGGAAUCAAUCCUGAUUCUUGCACCAACACAUUAAUAGAAGACUGUUCGGUUACUUCCGGUGACGACUGCAUCGCUGUCAAAAGCGGUAUCGACCAAUAUGGAAUCGCGACCGCAAUCCCAACACAACAGCUCUCGAUCCGACGUCUCACUUGCGUUUCACCCGACAGCGCAGGUAUAGCCAUCGGAAGCGAAAUGUCUGGAGGAAUCAAAGACGUUAGAAUCGAAGACGUGACGCUGAUCAACACACAAUCAGCGAUCCGAAUCAAAACCGCCAUAGGGCGUGGAGGUUACGUCAAAGACAUUUUCGCAAGGAGGUUCACGAUGAAGAAUAUGAAGUACGUGUUCUGGAUGACUGGUUCAUAUAAACUUCAUCCCAUAGGCUUCGAUCCUAAUGCGUUGCCAGAGAUUAGAAAUAUCAACUACCGUGACAUGACGGCUGACAACGUUACGAUCUCGGCUAAGUUAGAAGGGAUCAAGAAGGAUCCUUUUACGGGGAUAUGUAUGUCGAAUGUGACUAUGGAUUUGUCGCCCACCACGAAGAAGCUGCAGUGGAAUUGUACUGACGUCGCCGGAGUUACGAGCAGGGUUAAGCCGGAGCCAUGCAGUUUGUUGCCGAGUAAGGGACCUGCGAUGGACUGUCAUUUUCCGACGGAUAAGAUCCCUAUUGAGAGUGUUGUGUUGAACAAAUGCACUGCUUAGAAAAUGUGUCAUAGGUUCAUUAAGGGAAAAACUAAUAGAAAAAAUGAUUGGUAACUACACCAAAUAUAAUCUAUCAUAUAUGUAACUUUGAUAAUGUAUUUAUAUGUAUAUUAAUAAAUAAACUAGAUUUGGAUCCGCACAACCGUGCGGGUAUUAAUUUUCAUGUUUAUAUAUAUUUUACAUAAUUAGAAUAUAUUUUUUAAGUUACUUAUAUAUUUAAAUAUUUAAAUAUAAUUAUUUUAAAUAUAACAAUUUGAUAGUUUUCAUGCUGUAAGUUAAUUGAUUAUUUCAAACCAUCAUAUAUAUUUGGUAUUUUUUAUUAUAUAUAUAUUUUAAAUUUAUUUUUUAUUCAAUUAUUAUGAUCUGAUCUGUAAUUCAAAGCGUUAGAUUUCCUUUAUCAAUAUUUUUUUAUGUUUAUUCAUUUAAGAUAAUAACUAUAUAUAUAUAUAUAAGUUUAAGAUAAGUUAAUUUUAUAUAUGAAUUGUCUACUUUACUAAUGUUAACCAGUUCUACCAACAUAUUAUAUUUCUAGCACAAAUUUGUAAUAUUUGUGAAAAUAAAAUAUAUUAAUUUAUCAGUUUAAAAUAAUUUUAUCAUAUUUAGUUAAAUACAAUGUUAUAUUUUAAAAUGAUAGAUAU